GGAAAUCCUGGAGCCAAAGGACCUGUAGGACCAAAAGGAGAGGCUGGUCGCCGGGUAAUAAAUAAUGAUAAGAAUUCACCUCAUUUCAAGACAAAAUAAACUUUAAUUUUACAUAACUAGAUUUAUCCGUCUUGCUAAAAUUGUGUUCUUUGAGGGGUUGUAGUCAUAAAAAAGGCAUCGUUUUAGAAGCUAAAUCUGUAACGAAUUCGCACAAAAAUAGUACUUUAAUUGUUGUUGUAUUUUUUCUUUUUAAAAUUAAGUCCUUUGAGCGAUGUUCUUUUCUUGGAAUAAAUGAAAUAAAUAAUAAUAAUAAUAAUAAUAAAGAUGCCCUUUUCCCGUUUUUUUUUUCCGUUUAGCACUGUAGUACUGAACACAUUAAAGACAUUCGGUACCUCCAAUACCGGUUCCAUUUCAUCGCCAGUACUUUCGAAUUUAUUUUAAGUAAUCCAUUGUCAUUGCUGUUUCGUUCUUUGCAAGGAACGCAUUCAUUAAGGGGAACAGCCAUUAAUUACUCUUUUCAAAAAAGAUUCUCUCAAACCUUUAUAUGACAAUUUAAGGUUCGUACUGCAUGAUUGGAAUGCCAAAAUAGUCAUUAUAAAUUUCUGUUUGGACAUUUUGUUUAUCAUUUGUUUUAGGGUGCCCAGGGCUCUCAGGGCCGCACUGGACCCCCUGGUGCCAUGGGUGAACAGGUAAGAACAAUAUUGUAAACAUUACACUAUUGCAAUUUUUGCAAAAUAGCAAUCCUUAGCAAUAUUUUUAUUUAUUUUUUUUAAACAUUAUGUUGACCAAAUAGGAGGCAGCGUCGCAAGAGUGGUCAGCAGGGCGCGACUCAGAGAUUCCAGACUCGCGUUUUGCUCUGAGCAAUGACUGACUAUGUGCAAAUUGAUUUAGAAUAAGCAUGGGUGAUCCAGUUCAACCUACCAAAUUAAUUAGCCAGCAUUAAAUACCAAUACAUUAUUUUGGUGGAGUUAUGUCAUAUGCCGGCCGUCUUACUGUCAUUUGUCCAAUCUGGGCCAUAAUUUCGUUGCUGUGUCAGUUUUUUAAAGUUGCUCGGUUAUGAGUUAUAUUGACAUAUUUUCAAAUUUUUAUAUUCCUAGGGCGACCAAGGUCCUUCAGGUUUAAAUGGAGUCGACGGGUCGCCUGGCAAACGGGUAAGUACUUUCCAGGAAAUAAAGAUGCCGCUUGCGGCAUACAAGUAGCUUUAAGAUAUGUAAGCCAUGAGGAAAACUUUGAACAAUUAAGUCGAAUGGCAACAAGUUACGUUUGGUAUAUCGGGAUAUCCUACCUACGAAUAUAAUUUGACGACAGGUGAAGCUAGCCUGCCUGAGCAACUAAGUAUUCUUUCACCCUAAACAGAUAAUUUACAACUUUUUAUGUUUCAAGGGAUAUCCUGGAUCUUCUGGAAAGCCUGGUAUAAAUGGAGCUAAAGGACAACCUGUAAGUAUUACUUCGAUAAACAGUUGCGGAUCUAGUGAAGGGGUUCCACUCAUCUGUUGACCAAACCGAGGCCCACUCCUUGGAGAUCCGCGACUGAUAAAGAGAGAUCGGUUGCACCGCUAUAAAUUGAAUUGUAUUUUUUUUUUUUUGGACCUGGGCCAAUGUCGCUCAAGCUUGUAAAACAACGUUUUGGAUCAAGUAUCAGCUCAUACUUACUCAUAUAUUCCUUUUGUAUUAAACAAUGGACGGGCCAGCUACAACCAUUAAUGUUUCCUAACAUAUUUUCUCGGACAAAUUUUAAAAUGUCGUUUUCUCAAAUAAUAUACCAUCAAUUUUUCGAUAGCCCAUUCAAACGUAGUGGUCCCAAUUUUUAGUACUUACGAUACAAAUUUAGAGAAGCUGAGCAUUACGAUCCAUCAAAAGCUUUGGUCAAAAAACGAACCGUAAACUUUUAAACCAGGUGUGGUUUAACUUUUUAAGUCCACAUUUGAUUCAAACUAAUAAUUACAAAGAAAUGGUCUUCUUUACAGUAACGUAAACGCCCAAUAUCUCUUUGAUUUCAAUGGUCAUAUUUCGGAUUUCAGUCACAAACUGUACACUGCUUUUUGUUUAAUAUACCAGGGAGUUGAUGGUAGUGACGGAGAAGAUGGCGAUGCUGGAGAUCCUGGAGAAGCGGUACAAUAAUACGACAUUAAAACUCCUAUUUUUUAGAGUAGAUGUAAACUUUGGACUCAUUAGGCUCUUACCCGCUCUCUUUAUAGCAGCAAGUAUGGCACAGUUGGUUUAGGUGCGGCCUUAGUUGCGCGAUUGCUAAAAGCCGUUUCAGUUUUCAAAGUUACUUCAAGGUCCUCAAAGAUUACUAGGAGAUGACGGGCUUGUUGAUCGAAAUCAGUGUGACUGACCUUUGUGUCGAUUCGAUCGUUCAAUUUGUUUGUUUGCCUGCCCUUUGUGUCGAUCCCAGCUCUCUUGCAAUUUGUUUGUUGUAAAACAAAUUGGAUAUAAUAUAUUUAUGUCUUUUAAUGUCAACAACUGACCUUUGGCUCCACAAUCGGAAGAGAUUUCCUCUGAUAGCAACCGCGACGUUUCGACGGAUCAACAUUCGACACGAGCAGUCAAGAAGCGAUGAUUAGUGGGCGACCGAGAACAUCUUAAGGGGCUUGAAACAUGGGACGGAUGGUUGAUUUCUUCAAACAAGCACUGUUUUUGUUUUUAUACAUGUAUACUUUUUACGACUUUAAUACUUCUUUUCAAAUCUUUCCAUGAAUUUUUUUGACACCACAGUACAUUUUUCAGCAGCUAUAAGCUUUUUUUAAUAAUCCCCUACCCCCCAGCCCACGUUAAGUUACAGUCAUGUGUGUAAAUGUAUGCAAGCAUAAAUUUACAUGCACUAAGGUGACAACAAAAAGAAAUGGAGGGCAUUUUACACCUCAUGCCCUUAGUUGCGCAUGAGUAAUAAUAGAAUGUGACUUGACUUGCAACACUGAACUGAUGUCUCUAUAAAAGGUGUAAUAUGAAUGUUUCUUUCAUCCCAGGGUGAACAAGGAGAAAGAGGCUCUCCGGGAGCUGCUGGUUCUUCUGGGCCUGACGGACCCACUGGUCCCAGGGGAGAUAAGGGUGAACCAGGACUACCUGGUGAAACUGUAAGCAAUAUUUAUAACACUUUGUGAGUUGAAUGCGAGUCUUUAUUAUUUAAUAAUGCCACUCAUUAAUAUCUUGAAAGAGAAGAGCACACUGUACGAAAAUAUGUGGAUGUCAAAAAAAGCAAAAACACUUACUUCAAUCGUAACUCAUUCGUUUGCUUGUGUUGAAUUUACAUGGGUGGUUCGUUUUCACGUACAACAAUUAACUCUUGUCUAAACCUUUUUUGCAGCCAAGGAACGAAGAGCCACACGAAUUUUUUUUAUUUAACCAUAACCUUGCAUUUAAUCUAGUCACAUGGCGUCAAUACCAGUCUUAGGACUCACUAGAUAUAACAACUUAACUUAUUCUUUCAGGGUGAUGCUGGUCUUAACGCUGCAGAUGGAAAAAGAGGAGCUCAGGGACUACGAGUAAGUAUUGCUUUAUUCUUGAAUAAAAGAUAACAAGCCUCUUUUUCAGCCAGUCAGAAGCUAGUACAAGUACCAAUCGUGAUUUUCUCGCUUUUUUUCUGCAAGCCCACACGUUUUCGUGGCGUCGUAAACAUUUAUUAUCGGCAGUUGAUUAGAAUUUGAUUGGCCCAUUUGAAUUUUUGCACCUGUUGCAAUUUGCAAUAAGGUGAUGACCAUGGUUUUGCUUUGGCAUUGUUACAAUUAUAAAUUCAAGACCACUCUGGUCGUGACGGAUUAAACACCCCGAAUAAAUUCUAAAUCUUAGACUUCUAAGACCAAUUUCCAUUAAUUUUUUCUCCCGUAGGGUUCUAAAGGAGAGCAAGGAGAUGUUGGUGAGAACGGAACCAAAGGAGAAAAGGUAAUCAACAAGCUCCUGAAAGAAACCCAGUUUCCUUAUUUUUCUGAGUUCGACAGGUUAGUCCGCACCUAAGAAAGAUGCGUCGAGGCGUACUUUGUUUGAUACACAAGGGAUUUAAACCAUUCAUCCAAAAAAUAGCAUAUUCUUUUGAAUCAGGGUUGAAUUCUGGCGUUAAAGUGCGGGACAAAAAUAUUUCCGAAGGCAUCUUUUCUUCUACAUCAGGUAAAAAGCUCUUCUCACUCCCUUUCUCUGGGACCAAAAACAUUUUUUAAAGGAGGAAGGAAUACACUGACAAGGGUGACUUGAAUUACGAACAAAGAUUGCGUCUCUACUUAAAUUAGGGUUUCUGCGAAGCAGGGUGAGGUUUGCAGAGUCAGCACAGAAACCAGGUGACUCAAUGAAAAACUAUCAGUUCAGACUACGGAAAGCGAAAACUGAAUUCUGAACCGAGUUGUUGAGUCAGUCAGCCGCUCAUAAAAUUUAAAUUGGCCCAAGCGAACUUUGGUUGGAUUCCCUUGUUUGAUCUUUGUGCGUAGUCUUACUAUAAUAACCCACAGCUUGUAAUAGAUCAAGUUAACUAUUACCAGCUGACAAAUGACGUUUUGGGACCAUCUACAAAAUUUAAAAAAAACCUGGCUGAAAUAAUAACCGAAAAUUGAGUAUUCGCGUAGACCUUUAACUUGGGCACAAAACAGGGAAUUUUUUCAAGCUAAUGGAGGUUUAUAAUUAUCAUGUUUACAGGGUGAUUUUGGCUACUCUGGUAAACCUGGACAGUUUGGUCGUCCCGGUGCAGAGGUAAACAACUACUUUUUUCAUGCUUCAUAAUAAUUUUUCCCUAAGCAAACUCCCUUAAAUAAAGGAACAUGAGUGUGGGAAAAUUUGGCGAAAAUACAGGAGGAAAAACUAUUUCCCACCCCCUUUUAACCGCAUGCUCACGGCGAAAAAAAAAGUGAAAAAGAAAUUUUUAUGCUCAACACCUGUCACAACAAUGGCUAUGCUGAUAAUUAUCCCUGUUAUAUGGCUGCGUGCACUGCCAGUUGUAAACAACAUCGCUCUAUAGCACUGGGGUGAUUGCUCAAGAGCCUCGUUGAUUAUUUUCGGUUCAAUUCCCGAGUUUUUAACAAUAUUUUAUUUUAUUUAUUUUAUUUUUUUAUUUUAUUUUUUAUGGACGGCAAUAUUUCUUUUAGUAAUAAUAGUGUGGCAAAUAGAAAACUGGGGUGUUUUGUUUUUAUAACAGUGAGAAAUUUCUCACAUGCCUAAUUUCCUGCAAAACUCCGCAAUAAAAUGACCCGUGUAUACAAAGAAAGAGGGAAAAAGGACAUCCGUGACCACCGCGCCACUUCCAUCGUUAUACUCUUAUUGACAAUAGCUCUCGACCAAUGAGCGCGUGAAAAUAUCUAAAAUUAUUGUAAAAACGAAGUACUGAAGUGGGUUGAAUAGUACUAUUGACUAACUUAUGGCUAUAUAUACUCACAAACGCGUGCUGGAAAGUGAACAUGUACACUUUUGAAUUAUCCCUGUAAUUCCUAAAUAGACUCCUUUUUACUUCUUUUUUUCAGGGUGUGGCAGGCGAUGCUGGGCAAAAUGGAACCGUUGGUCCACCAGGUCCGCAGGUUCGUCACAUUUCAUUUUGUUUCCACGAAGGAUGCUGAGUUACUGUUGCUUUUAGCUGAUAUUCAGUUUAAUUCAUCAAAGCUAUAAAAAGCAGGGAACUUCUACAUGUCUGUUUUUAUUAGUUAUGUGUUUCUUUUAAAGGGCUCUAGUGGGGCACAGGGUCCGCCCGGCCCACAAGGUGAUCCAGGACAGAUGGUAAGUAAUGUGUAGAAUAAUGGUGGAAUUUCAUUGCCCAAUAUACCUAUAACUAUGAAUGGAUAUGUUGCAAAGUUGCUUCCCUUGUAGAAACGUUCUUUGCAGACUGAGUGCAAAUGUUUUAGGCACUAAAGAUAUGCCUCUUCAGACCCAGCACUCGCUCUUCUUAUUAGAAUUUUCAGGAUCUUUAAAGGAACUUGUGUUAGGUAGAUAUGUAGAUGGUUUCAGGAAAAUAUUGCUGUUCCUUCAGUUAAUUUUUUUUCUGUAUCUGUGUAGGCAUAGUCAUGCAAAAUGCAACCAUUGUGUCCCAUAGCUAAGUGGUUCCUUUGUAAGAAGCGGAUACCCCAUACUUACCGCUACGAGUACUGAAAAUUUAUCCGUUCCCGUAACUAGUCAAGAAACGGUGUAAACUCCCACUUAAACGUUCUUGGGGCUUCGUAAUGCGUUCCAUUCCUACUUUAGAACGUAUAUGUGGGAGGCUAGAAAUGGUGUACUUGACGUCUCUAAUUGUAUUCGUCUCGGAAAAGGUUGGCUGCACUAUUGUUUUGGGUGGUGCCAUGUACUUUGUUUAUCUUCAAGCAAAACAUAAUCCUUCAUAUUCUGCCUCAUUUUUUGGAAUUACAAGGAGAUUAAUUUGCAAGUGUUGACAACAUAUUAACAGUUACUGUUUUUACUACCACAGGGAACACCGGGACCCCAAGGAAAUCCUGGCACCCCGGUAAGUUCAUCAGUUUAUCUACCAUAUGUUGUUAAGUAAAGACCCUAAGAAGUGAUACGAAGGUUUUUUCGUAAAAGGGAGCAGGAACAAGUUGCUAAAAGAAUCCUUAACUCCAUUGGUCACAAAUCCUGGACAUCACUAGUGGGUAAAAAGUGAUCGCAGGAGUUCAAAUUGAUCUACUUUUCAACUUCUUGUUGAGAAAUUUUGGAAUGUUUUUUUAGCGUGAUUUAUUGUUUAAAAAAAACCACAGGGUUCGCACAGGUCAUAGAAAACCUGGAAAGAUAUGAAAUUUAAGAAUUGUAUUUUCAGGGCCUGGAAAGUCAUGGAAAAUAAAAGUUAUGUUCGGUAGAUGUGAAAGCAAGGAGAAUAUAAAUUAGAGAUGUCGAGUAAUUAAACAGUGCGAACAGCGCUUAGUUUAGUGGACACCAGAGUUCAUGUCUGUUGAACUGAGUUAAGUCAAAAAUUAUCCAGAAACAAGAAAAGUUUGGAAAAUUUUGUAGAAUAACAGUUUGACCUUACGGGUCAUCGAUAACUUGGAAAGGUCAUGGAAAAAGUCAUGAAAACUCAAACGACUUUAAAGAGUUCAAAAAAGUUUGAAACCUGUGUAAAUCCUCAAGUGCCACGUCUCCUUAAUGACCUUUGUCUACCUGCCUGAAAUUGACUUUUGUAUGUUUCUUUCCCUGUUACUUUCCAGGGUGAUCGUGGAACAACGGUAAGGUUCCUAUUAUCAUCGUCAUCAAGCAAAACAUUACCAUUUUUUCUUUUUCUGUUUUCGUUUGUAUGUUUUUUUUUCAACUCAGUUGUCGUUAUUUAGUUUAACCAUUUUCUAUUCUUUCGUUGCAUACGAAAAGAAAUAAAAAUCAAAUCAACUUUUGAGGCAGUUUACUAAAUUUUGAAGUCAUAUCUAUUGAUUACCUAUGAUAUUUUGUGCUAGUUGUGAGGUUCAGUCUCCUUCGAUUUACUUAAAAAUACAUGACCAAUAUUGAUAAAAAAUAAAACUCCGAUUAACUGAAUAAUUUAAAAAUUUUUUCUUUUCGAUUUUUCAGGGCACAGAAGGAUUACAGGUGUGUUCUUGUUUCACUAACACAAAGUUCAUUGGUAAUAGGGGAUAAUGUAACUUUUUUCCUGUAAAAGAGAUCAACAAAUUUACUUGGGAUUUCCCUGCCAGCAGAGGUCUCUCAUGACGAGGCAAAAAUGAGAGAAAGGAGAGAGACAGGUCUCUCUCCUUUCUCUCAUUUUUGCCUCGUCGUGAGAGACCUCUGCUAGCAGGGAAACUUGGGAUGUGCAAAAAUAAAAAAACAAAGGCGAAAAAAAAAAAACCAACCAAAUUUGUCUUUGAACUAGCAGCCUUUAGAGUUCGCUUACCUUUUAAACGGAGGUUCGCCCCAGUCCUUUGCAGCGAAUUGGCCAGUAGUAGCUGAGAAAUUGAGCUAAAUUGAAUAUGCUGAAAGUCAAUUGACAACUGAGACUGGAGCACCUAUGCAGGCCCUCUUUACAGAAGGAAACGUUUUAUUUGCUUGAAUUUAAGCAUUCCAGUCUGAAAUUCGGUUACUAUAGUCGUUGUUCGGUGGGCCAAUAUCUACUCUUGAAAUAACUCUAAAGGAAGAGCAAGAACUUAAAGAAAUAAUGAAGCUUUACCGACCAAGAGAAACCACAGUGCUUAUGAAUAUGGACCUUCCAGAACAUCGCAGAGAAAUGAAUCCAACUGAGAAAUUACAAAAAUAAUAAAAAAUACAUUUCGAAGUGCCCGGAAGUUACGGCACUAGAGGCCUUCUCUUGAUUAAAUACGGGAGGUUUCGCAUUGAUACGAUUUGUUAUUGGUUUAAAAAACCUCGCGUCGAUUUUUUUCAGCCAGUCAAUACUUUUCACACUCGUUAACCUGCGCCUACUGUCGGUUGCAUGUAAUCGCUGAGACAUUAUAUUGCUUCAUCAGUGCAUUAGACUGAGUUAUAAGUUUGGGUUUUAUGUCUUGACACCCGUAUUAAAGAGGAUAAUACAUCGACUGUCAUUUUAUUAACAAAUGCGUUUUUUUAGGGACCUCCUGGACCACCCGGACCUCCCGGACCUCCGGUAAUUCUGAUAUUUUUGGGAUUGUAGUUAGCGAAUUGUUCUUGGAAUGAAUUCUUAGAGACCACAUUUAACUGAAGUAACAAAGAAAAGGGAAAAUUUGUCGGCAAGUGUUUACUUAUAUAUUCUAUAAAAGAUGUUGCAUUGGGGAGUUUACGCCGUAGUGUGCAUUGACAACAGAGAAAUGAUCCAAGUGCACAUUUGAUAUUAGGGAGCUUAAGCAACAACGACGAUGCAGGCGACGGUGACGGUGACGGCGACGGCGACGAAAACGUCACUGGUAAAGUGAAUUCGCACUACUUCAAACUUUAUCGCGCUUAUUCCACUUCGUUUAAUUCGUCAAAUGUUGGCAAAUUUUGUCGGAGUUGAAUUCCAAACGACUGCAUCGCAUUUCAAGAAAAGAAAAAGAAAGUCCAUCCUAUAGAUAAUACAUUACUUGUACAAAAUCAAAUUAGUACAAGAUUGAUUAGACUACGUGUACAUAAUAAGAAAAAAAGAAAGUUAGAAAGGAGAAGGGCACAUUAUAGAAAACUAAUUAUGGCCCUUUAACAGGAUUGACUUUAUUCUAAUAUAGCUUUGUUAUUCAUUAAAACGCAAACUAGCCAGCUUUAAAAGACGCGGCCAUCAUCAUCGCUGACCGCAGUGUUCACAUUCUCAACAAAACGUGAAAUUAGGCAUUUUCACGUCGUAGUGGUGCAACGAAGGCUAAGAAAUGUACAAAAAAGCGUGAUGCACGUGCAAAGUUUUGUGCUAAUAUAAAUCAUUGCUUUUUUGCCGCUCUCGUUGCCGUCGCCGUCGUCGUUGCUUAUACUCCCUAUAGUUACUAAUCAGUACUAUAUAUUUUGGUACACCUUUAGAUGUAGAAAAUGUAAAAGAGGACAGGCCCCUAAUUUUGUCAUCUGUCUUUUUCUGAAUCAAAGUUUGAUCUUCUCACACUCGGGUAUUAUCUUUGUGAUGAAGCUUUGAAUGUGUCGACAAAACGCUUUCGCCUUACCACUUUGAGCUCGCGCGUAAAUUAGCGAAAGUGAGGCAAUUAGUUAGUAAACAACAAGAAAAAGCAGUAAAACACCGAGAUCAGUAUUUUGGAGUUGAUUGGGUACCUUAUUUUUUUGUUUUGCUUUUCUUCCUUCAGGGCACUCCUGGAAGCUACCUUGUUAGUUCCAUGGUAGGCGUUUUAUUAAUUUCGUCUCUACGAAUUUCUGUAAAAAUUCUUUAUCAGACAAGCUGACGUGACAGAAAAACAUAUACACACUUUGUCAGCGCUAUCACCGUCAUCAUCAUUCUCAUCAUUAUCAUCACAUCAUCAUCAUCAAAUUAUUGCCAGACGAAGUCUCGAGAGUUAAAGCUUGUGCACUCUUGUCAAUCAGUGGUGUUGCUGCAACGUCUUGUGUGACUGCGCAGACCAAUGGCAGUCCCUACUGCACACGGCGCAGAUGAAGAUGGAGGAGGCCGGGCAGCGUGGAGCUGUUUUUGAGGCGAGCGCGCUUCUCUUCAUCUUUCUGGUGACGUUUUACGUCAGCUUUCGUAAUUACCUCAUUCUUUGACCGUCUCCAGCAGGCACGAUGACACGAGGCAUCUUCAAAGUUGUUUGGAUGAAUUUCGCAUGCUUUGAGGUCACGUUUGCUCGCGUCCUUGAACCGCAGAACCAGGCGCCCGACUUUCCUGACUCCUGUCUUCAAUUGCCCGUAUAGAAAUUCCUUGGGGAUGCGUCCAUCAUCCAUUCGAUGAACAUGCCCGAGCCAUCUCAGUCGGCGCUGACUGAGAAUGGAGUGCAUGCUGGGGGUUCCAGUACGUGACAGCAUUUCACUGUUGGUGAUAUGGUCCUGCCACUUGAAGCCGAGGAUGCGCCUGAGAAAUGGCAGAUGGAAAGUGUUCAAGUGGUGUUUCUGUCCUAUGUAGGUGACUAAAUUUCACUGCCACGGAACAACUUGCUGAGAACUCAUGCCAAAGUACACAGUGCAUGUGAUGAUGAUCGUUACCAACACAUCAUCAUUAUAUCUGUAUGAACAAAACAACAACGACAACAACAAAAACCACUUUGACAUUAACAAAUGGCACAGUUUUUAAUCCUGUCUUUAUUGUGGUCAUCGUCAUCAUCAUUAUUAUUAAAAAUACCGUUCUUUGUUCUUCACUUGUAGCUGACAGGAAGCGCCGACAAGGGUCCCCCGCCGAACUAUCGUUUGUAUUCCAGUUCAAAGGUAAUAUUUCUAGCAAAGCAAUGAAGCAAAUAAAUAUAUCAACAAAAAAGAUUUUAUGCGUGAUUUUAAUGGUCGCCGCACAUUCACAGCGUCAAUCCUUGUCGACCCCAUCCAAGCCGAAUUUAAAAAUGAAAGUGGAAACCGGAAUACCCAAAGAAAAUUAAAACCCAGUCACAUUGGUAGACAAACGGGUUCACAAGUACUCUCGCCAACUCGCCUCCUGUGCUAAAUAGACAUAUUAUAUAUUUAUCAAGGCCUGGAAAUAAUCACAGUGCAGUUCUUAUUUUCCGUUGUGGAAGCGUGUUUUACUCACAAAUGCACCGCUUCGCACUUAACCAUACCAAUAAAGAUCUUGUUGUGUGUGAAAGUUCUGCGUGGCGUUAUAUUGGGCAAGACAGACACUAAGACAGGAAUGCAAUAACCCAGUUUUUGCGGAAAAAUCGAUAAAAAAUAAGUAGGUCGGUGAAUAAUCCACGACUAUAAUACCAGACAACUAAGUGCUUGAUGAAUAGGCGUCUUUGGGUGGGGAGGGGGGGCAGGGAGGUUAGCAUUCAGAGACGUCUACUGCGGUAGCUUAAAUAUUAGAAGCUUUGUGAAGUAAUUGGGUUCGUCGUUAUCUAAGUUCAGCCACUGGGGGGUUAUCUCAGUCGGUAGAGCAUCAUACAGCAGAGCGGGGAGAUCAUACGUCUGAUCUCCAGGUUGUGGACCAGUACUCAGGGUGACGAAGCCUUUUUGCCCUGCAAACGCCCAGACCCUCCUAUUGCUCGGAUGACCUCGUCUUUUUCAAUAGCAGACGAGAAAACAGUGACCUUAGUGGUCCAUUGUGCAUUAAAUAAAGGAAAGUUGGUAACAUCUUUUUUUCCCUUUUUACAGAGAGAGCUAUCCAAAGAGCCAUCUGGUUUAGAGGUAGGCGGGUCUUAUACGAACCAAAAGCCAAUAUUGGUCUGAUAGUCUUAACAAAACACUGCUUUCUUUCUUUCUGUAACUCUCUGCUGAUUUAUUACUUUCAGAAUCCUGUCAUGAAAAAGAUCUUAGAUGCUUACUCAAAUCAGAAAAACAAUUACAAACGACAGAAAGGCAGCAAAUUUCAUCCUGCCCGAUCCUGCAGAGAUAUUCAGCUCGACAGCAAAGUCAGGGUGGAGAGUGGUGAGUGAAGCCUGUAAAACAGCUUUCAGGAGAUGAUGUAGAGUACUUUCAACAACUAAUAAGUCCAGGUUAUUCCAACUCGCUUACUUUGUCAAAUGUAAGUGAACUCUCCCUUGUUGAAUUCCUAAGAACGGUUUUCGAGUUCAGAAAGAGUACUAUCGUUGUUUGUUUAGUCGCGUCCCCCAUAAAGCGUAAAAUUUAGGCAUUUUCACGCCGAAGUCGUGCAUUGACGACAAAGAAAUGAACAAAAAAGCCUGAUGCACGUGCACGUGUUGUUUUGCUUAUUAACCCUUUAAGAUCCAAUAGUGAUCAACGUCAAUUUUCUCCUAACAAAAUCCUUACAAAGUCAAGAGAUAAGGUUAUGAGAGUUGAUAAAUGUUCACCAAAGAGAAAAUACCUUGAUCUAUUAUCAAAUUCUCUCAACAUAUUCUUUAAGGAAAUAUAUAGAGACCGGUUAGGAGAAUUUGUAUGUUGGUGUUGGGGCUUAAAGGGUUAAACCUAUUGCUUUUAUGACGUCCCUGUUGACGUCCCAUCAUCGGAUCGUAAAAGAGAGUUUUAUGGCCUGUUUACAUAGAGGUGGGGGACCCCAGAUAGGUGAGGUAACAUGUGGCGGGUCACCCCACCUAUCAUGUAAAUGUAUUCAAAUUAAAAAUCAUUAUGAGAGAUCAUAUGGACAGGCGGGUAACCUCACCUAAGCGGAUUACCUCACCUACGUUGGGUCCCCUACCUCCAUGUAAACGGGCCCUUAGAUGCUUCGACGGAGCCGGCAACGGGAACGUCUAAAAAAGAUAUAGAUUUCGUGAGCAAAACAACACCAUCUAUGGUACAGUUCGUUGCCUCCCUUGCACGAGCAUGAGGUAAAAUCUCCUUGUGUGAUGUAUUACAGAGGACGUAAACAUAAGAUGACGAAUUUUUCUUUCUCUUUCUGAACUUGGGUGUGGUUCCCAAUAAUUCAACUCCAGGAAAACUCAUCUAGGUGAUUCGACAUCUUAAGCGAGUUUAAAUAAACGCGACAAAGUCUCGGAAAAAAUCGCGAAUCGGUUUUAGCAGCGAUGUUCUCGCUGCCGCCUCCGUCGUCGUUUCUAGGUGAGCAGAUCUACUGAACAAGCCAAGCACAAACGACUUAAAAGACACCAUCGAUUACAUAAGCACACUAACGUGCACACCUGGGUUAAGGUGAGAGGAAGCAGUUGGUAUAGAAACUGCCGGUAUCUAAGACCUAUAAAUAAUACAAAUCAGCAAGGAAACGACAGUUUUUACGCUUUAGCGGUUGAACUUAACGCCAGUAGUGAUAUUCGAACCAGUUGAAAUACAUCCGUGAAGAGAGAUGAUCAAUGUUACGGUACGCUUGCAGAACCAAAACUAUUUGAAAUAACUGUAUAUCCCAUUCCCUGCUAGUAGUAUAGUAGAGACCGAAUGAACCUUUGUUUUAAGUGGAAUCUCAGUAGUGUGAAGUGGAAUGCAUUAACGCCGUUGACAUCAUUGGCCUUUGUCUCUAUUCCAUGAAUAAAAUGAGGAGGAAUCUUUUUAUCUUUCCUUUUUUGCAUUUCUGAUACAAUAGAAACAGUAUCACCAACGUAACAUCAACAAUAUCAUAAAACCGCCUGAGACGGAUAAUCUGUUUCUAGCUUGGAAAUGGCCAGUUAUGUCGGUAAAGUUCCUAACCGUGUGAAUGAUGUUGUUACACAGGCUACUACUGGAUAGAUCCCAAUGAGGGCUGCAUAGACGAUGCAGAAUAUAUUUACUGUGACUUUGAGAACAAGAGAGCUUGUGUCGACCCAAAGAAAGAAAAUGUAAGUCAAGUAUCUAAAACAAUAUUAACAUUAUUGGACCCGUUUGGACACACGAAUAACUGCCAGCAAUUAGGACAGUACUAGAUUGGCCUGAGUAUGUUUUAAAGAAUUAUACGGAUAAGGCCUUCCUUGCACGCAUAAUUCUUCAUUCUGUCAGCAGUUAUGGAAGACACUCACGUCCUUCCACUUCCCUCGCGAACUCUCUUCUUACUCGAGAGAGUGAGAUCUAUAGAGAGGAGAAUUUGUUACGUCACGUUGCCAUGGAAGUAAAAUUUUUCGAUCUCAGCAAACUGUGGUCCUGCAAAAAUGGCCGAAAAAAGCGAAAAACUUGACAUGUAUGUCUUUUCUGUGCAAAUGAUAGCUUUCAGGACCAAAACGGUAGCCCAUGCAACGUUGCAAUGGCCGUCUCUUCCAACAAAGUUUGCUGAGAUCCAUAACUUUUGCUACCAUGGAACCGUGACGUCACACCUCCUCUCUCUUGCCAAGACGAUCUGCGGGUGCUAGUGUGAACAUACCCCAAUAGGUAUAGGAAUACUUAAGCAAUUGUGAGCGUCCGGAAGAAACAUUUGACCUCGCCUGUACUUUUUCAUGUUUUAUUUCUAGUCAAACCUCGUUAAUACGGACUCUGAAGGGACCACAGUAAGUGUCCGUAUUAACGGGUGUCCGUAUUAAGCGGUUCAUUUAUUAAAGUCAAAGACCCCUUUUACGUGAACAAAAUACCAAAUAAAUGUAGUAAAGGAGGACAUAAGCAUCGUCAAGUCAACGUCUCUAACCUUCACAAAGCCGUCAUUACGCGGUUUAAGUCCACGGAAACACUUAAAAAUCGCUCAUUUGCGGUAAUACUUAAUCAAAACCCUUCUCUGCAUAACUCGUUUGAUGCCAAAAAUUGACGUGUACAAAUCAUCCUAUCCAGUAUGUGGUAGCGCUGGGAACAUCGACGUACUGUCAACUGAAGGAUUUUCUACCUUCAAUGAGGAAAGGUCUAUUACAACACACAGUUGAUUAUGAAGUGUCCCCAUUAGAGAGGCUGGCAUUCUGUGAGGAUCGGGCAAGAAAUAAGUGUCCGUUGUCCACAUAAACGGGUGUCCGUAUAAAGCGGGUUGAAUUUAGAGAAAAUGUAAGGGAUUUCCCAAGUAUUAUGCGGGUGUCCGUAAAACGAGGUUCCACUGUAUUUUAUAUAUUUAUAUAUUUAUUUAUUUAUGUGUGUACAGAUCACAAUUGAAGACGCCCAGGCUCAGCAAUGGAUCAGCGAAAUUCACCCAGAUGUCCAACUGGUGAGUAAUAUGGAUUCGAUAUCUUUUUUCGUGCGUGUGUGUGUGUGUGUUUUAUUUAACCUUAAUUUCUCGAUGGCUGCUCAGGAACAUUGGCACGUGCCUUUCUAAACUUCGCGAAACCAGUACCAUAUUACGAUACCCUGGGUGCCAGAGACUUUUUAAGCGCGGUUUUGGUCUCUUCACCGCUCGUGGCUUCGGGCUUCGGCCGAAGAUCUGUCGGCCUCCGAAAUCGAAACCCAGGGUAGGGUAAUACGUUCAAUAAACAGCAACAAAGAGUAGAUGGAAAGGAAGGGAUCGAAACAACGCGAACAACAAGCCAGUGAGUUUCUUUAUUUCGAGAGGUUCUAUCUGUUUAGGCUGCGGUUGAACAACUUGUGCGUUGUUGGAUAUUGUUUGAUCGUGUUUGCAUUAACUUGCGUGACCUUACAAAAAGAAUACCAUCAAAUGUUGGACUGAUGUUUGUUUGACUAACCUUUUAACGGAUCUUGUGGAGAUGCCAUAUUCUACAAUUUUUCCAUGAGCCUUUGUAGGAAAAGAGUUGACUAGAACGAAUCUCGAAUCAAACAAGGCAGAAUUGAAUAAAAAUAUUGUUUAUCAAAGUCUCAGUCUUCGAAUUCGCUUUCACCCAAUUUAUUAAUUUUACAAAACAUCCUCUAUAUUUGAGCAGGAUCCGGAUUGUAGGCCAGUCCAGAUUCACACACAUUUCAUACAGGGUCAAAUUAGAGAUAAUAGCAGAAAACUGGGAUCCAUUGAAUCAAGAGAAAGCUAGAAAUGCAUCAUCCUAGGUUGAGAAUUUAAUAAAAUAUGAUACACCAUGAUUUUGCCCCAAAUACAUAGAAGAAUUUAAAAUCGCUUCAGCCCUGUUUGGUCGUCAAUAGAGAUCUAACAAAAAUUUUCCAAAGGAGAGUGUCCUUAGGAAGUGCUCCCGCUCCCUCCUCACUGCCAGUGUUUUUUUGAUCUUGAAGUUUCAAUACAAAAUGGACCCUGCACAGAUGAAGUUCUUGAGACUACUGAGCAUGCGUAUCACUCAAAAUAUCACGUAUCACUGCUAUAAUUCUCGCGCAUGGGAAGAGGAAGAUGAUCGCACUAUCAAACUUCAGGGAGAUAAUGAUAUGGAACUGACAUCGUCAGAGAAAACCAAGCCUAAAGUCGUCUCCGACAACUGUGAUGUAAGUAUACCGCCGCUUUUUUUUGGAUCGCAACUUCAGUAGCACGCGUAUGCGCGCGCAGUUGCGUGAUUAAUCAACUUCCUGCUGACAACACUAGUUUCUCAACGUAAGACUUCCCUCUGGUUCUCAAUAAUGUUUAACAGGUGCACGGCAGGUAUAACAGGGUCAUGUAACGUGUGUGUUCCAAUGAACGCCGCCCAUGAAUAAGCGCCGCGGAAGCCCCAUGUAACCAAAAUCAAAAGACGUUUCCGUUAGUAACUGAAAAGAAUAAUACCUAUUAUAUAAAGGAAACAAUUCUUUGUAGCCUCCAACGUUCAAAUAAACGAUGUACCUAGAUUUAGCACCGCAUUCAAGGAGUGAAAAAAAUCUAAUAAGCGGGGCUUUUUCAGUUAGCUACAGUAGUGGUAUUCUGAAAAGCACCCCAGACACAUAUAUAAGUGACUUCGACUAACACUUGGCUCAUCGAUCUAGGCAGUCAAACGAUCGAAACACCAUUUCAGUCGAAACCAAUUCAAGGAGAUUUUGAAGCGAAGUUCUCAUUUUAAUUUUUGUUGUUGUUUGUUUCUUUAUUUUUCCAAUUGUUUGCUUUCUUAUUGUAGAGUAAAGAUGGCUCAUGGCACCAGACUGUGCUUGAGAUUGACACUAAACAAAAGAACGCUUUGCCAGUCAUGGACGUGGCAGCUUAUGAUGUGGGAGACAAGUUAAUUGAACAGAAAUUUACUAUUCAACUCGGACCAGUGUGCUUCGUCUACUAAGAAAGGGCAAAGAAACGGCUUCUUUUGUAUAUUCCGCCUGUUUCAGUGAAAGCUUCCCAAGUUUUAUGAUAACGUACUUAGAGCUGGUUUACACGGAUCCAGACAAAUGUUAAGCCGAUGAACGUUUUAUCUGUGUAACCCGUUUACAUGGAAUCGUGCAAAUUCUGUGACAGAUUGCAGUACUCAGUUACACUGGUCCAGAUAAUUUUUUCAACCGAUAAAUGUUUUACCUGUGCAACCUGUUUACAUGGAAUCUUGCAAAUUCUGUGACAGAUUGCAGUAUUCAGUUACACCGGUCCAAAUAAAAUUUUCAACCGAUGAAUUUUUUGCCUGUGCAACUCGAUCGUUUACACGGAACCGUGCAAAUUCUGUAACAGUUGCACGCCGUACUGUUCACAGGAGUCCGACUCAUAUCAAAGUCGGAUAACUUGGUCCAUGCAUUUACCACGUUAACGGUCCAAACGUUUGCACGGUUCAGGUGUUUACUCGUAGAACUGUACAGGUUAAAAAACUUUGAUCUUCUUAUGCACAUUUUUCUGUUCAAAACUUGCGCGGUUCCGCAGUUCCCGUGUAAACAAAACAGGGAUCCGUGUAAGGUUUUGUCCAUGAAAAAAUUUUUCCGGACCAAUGUAAACGGAGUCUUUGAGCGAUUUUCGCAUGGCCUUGAAAUUAGCUUAACUUACGGGAAUGGAGGAACUAAGGCUUUGUCUACAAAUUUCUUUUUACGUAAUUGUAAAUGCUUAGAAACUUGACCAUUGCCCCGCGCGAAUGGUAUUUAUCUAUUUACGAACUCAACAUCUAAUCUCCGGCGAUGGGUUAAGGACAUAAUUUUUAACAUAGUUCCCGUGUAGACCCUUAAGUUUAUAUGCGGUAAUGAAUUUUAACGAACUCACAUAGACAUAAAUUGAAGCACCUAACGAACGGGAGGAAACGUCUGUAAUUCGUUAAGAAAACAUGGAAAAACACGAAAAUGGCAAGAGGUGUCGAACGGCAAAGUCAGAACGGAUUAAGACACCCGUAAAUUAGCUUUCAUUUUUACUCCUUUAUAGCUAGUCUUCUCUCAAUCCCUUGCUGAUAUUAUGAAAUGCUCUUUUUAUGUACAACUCAACUAACGCGAGAGUUCACAAACAAUCUCCAAGUUCAUUCGAAAAUCGCUCUAUGAACAUGAUAAAAAAAAAAACGUUUCAUCUAUUAGUCGAGCGGGCAUGACGGUUUUUCUUAAUUUGAACGUUCCUUUUAAUUUAUGCGGUUGUAUUACUUGGAAAGCUCAGGUUCAACUUCAUUCCCAGGGUCCUGUCCUACUCGGCCCCCGUAGAAGAGAAAAGGAGAGGAGGACCUUGGGAGCGAGUUUGUCGCAGCGCAUUUAACAUCGUUUGUCAUAAACACUAAAAAUAAGUAACUCAGGUUAAGAAAGUCAACUCUAUUUUGCGAAUAAAGUUGCAAUAAUUGUAUAGCUUUUUAAGCUUUAUUAAUUGGCGUUUAUGCCAGGUAGACUUGACGUUAAAAUGUCGUAUUAAAGUUAUUAAGAUCUU